AAGAAGAAGCUGGCGGAAACGGUCCAUGUUUACAUCUCAUGCUGCAUUUGGGAAACAGAAGGAAGGAUGUCCAGUAAUGCCAGUGUUACUCGUCUCCAUCUGUCCUCACUAAAGCGGGCAGAGAAAGCCCCUGUCCACUUCAUGCCCUGUGAGAUUGAGCACAAUGGACUCGCCCGGGUCUCACAGUAUUUCACCGCAACAACAAAAGAAAACAAAAAAGACAAGACAGUGUCAUUCAGAGGACGUGGGUUAAAGGGACAGGAGAUCAGCUGUCCUCAGGGCUACACAGGUCUGAUCCUGAAGGAGGUCGACAGACACGGCUCUGACCAGGAGGACAGGACAGUGAAGGUGACCUCAGUGUUUGACAAGCUCACCUACUGGAACCUGGAUACACCUCCCACUUCAGACGACACCGUGGUGAUGGCGAUGGACUGGCCUGAGCUGGCUGAGGCAAUCCAUGGGACGGUUUAAGACUGAAGGCUGAUUACGUGACACAAGCAAAGCACAUCUACUGCUGCUUAAUCUAAGUAGUGUUCCUGUCUCAGAGCAAUAAAAAUGUUUUUUGUACAUAAGAAUAAAACUAAAACACCUGC